CGGCGGGACCAGAGGUUGGCUUCUCUGGCAGCCUGGUGCCCUUGGUCCCCCAGCAUGGUCCCCAUGGCCUGGGCCAUCUGCUGCCUCCUGGGGGGCCUCCUGCUCUGCGGGGGCAGCCCCAGUCCUGGUCCCAGCGUGCCCCGCCUGCGGCUCUCCUACCGAGACCUCCUGUCUGCCAACCGCUCUGCCAUCUUCCUGGGCCCCCGGGGCUCCCUGGGCCUUCGAGCUAUGUACCUGGAUGAGUACCGGGAUCGCCUCUUUCUGGGGGGUCGAGAUACCAUCUACUCCCUGCGGCUAGACCAGGCUUGGCCGGAUCCCCGGGAGGCUGUGUUUCAGGUCCUGUGGCCACCGCAGCCAGGACAGAAGGAGGAAUGUGUUCAAAAGGGGAGAGACCCUUUGAUGGAGUGCGCCAACUUCGUGCGGGUGCUGCAACCGUACAACCGGACCCACCUGCUGACUUGUGGCACUGGGGCCUUCCAGCCCACCUGUGCCCUCAUGGCAGUUGGGCAUCGUGGGGAGCAUGUGCUCCGCCUGGAGCCCAGCAGUGUGGAAAGUGGGCGGGGGAGAUGUCCACACGAGCCCAGCCGUCCCUUCGCCAGCACCUUUGUAGGCGGGGAGCUGUACACAGGCCUCACUGCUGACUUCCUGGGGCGCGAGGCCAUGAUCUUCCGGAGUGGGGGGCCCCGGCCAGCCUUGCGUUCUGACUCUGACCAGAACCUCCUGCAUGACCCCAGAUUUGUGAUGGCCGCCCGGAUCGCUGACAACUCUGACCAGAAUGAUGACAAGGUGUACUUCUUCUUCUCGGAGACUGUCCCCUCGCCCGAUGGUGGCCCAGGCCAUGUCACUGUCAGCCGCGUGGGCCGUGUCUGUGUGAAUGACGCUGGCGGCCAGCGCGUGCUGGUGAACAAAUGGAGCACCUUUCUCAAGGCCAGGCUGGUCUGCUCGGUGCCCGGCCCUGGUGGUGCCGAGACCCACUUUGACCAGCUAGAGGAUGUGUUCCUGCUGUGGCCCAAGACAGGCAAGAGCCUCGAGGUGUACGCGCUUUUCAGCACGGUCAGUGCUGUGUUCCAGGGCUUCGCAGUCUGCUUGUAUCACAUGGCGGAUAUCUGGGAAGUCUUCAGGGGGCCCUUUGCCCACCAAGAUGGUCCCCAGCACCAGUGGGGACCCUAUGGGGGCAAGGUGCCCUUCCCCCGCCCUGGAGUGUGCCCCAGCAAGAUGACUGCGCAGCCAGGACGGCCCUUUGGCAGCACCAAGGACUACCCAGAUGAGGUGCUACAGUUUGCCCGAGCCCACCCACUUAUGUUCCAGCAAGUGCGGCCUCGGCAGGGCCGCCCUGUCCUUGUCAAAACCCACCUGGCCCAGCAGCUGCGACAGAUCGUGGUGGACCGCGUGGAAGCAGAAGACGGGACCUAUGAUGUCAUCUUCCUGGGAACUGACUCAGGUUCGGUGCUCAAGAUCAUGGCUCUUCAGUCUGGGGGCUCGGCUGAACCUGAGGAGGUGGUUCUGGAGGAACUCCAGGUGUUUAAGGUGCCAACAGCCAUCACUGAGAUGGAGAUCUCUGUUAAAAGGCAAAUGCUGUACGUGGGCUCGAAGCUGGGUGUGGCUUGGCUGCAGCUGCAUCAGUGUGAGACUUAUGGCAGUGCGUGUGCAGAGUGCUGCCUGGCCCGGGACCCAUACUGUGCCUGGGAUGGCACCUCCUGCACCCGCUAUCGGCCAGGUACCAGCAAGCGCCGGUUCCGACGGCAGGAUAUCCGGCAUGGAAACCCUGCCCUGCAGUGUCUGGGUCAGAGCCAGGAUGAGGAGGCUGCAGGACUCCUGGCAACCACCACGGUCUAUGGCAUGGAGCACAACAGCACCUUCCUGGAGUGCCUGCCCAAGUCUCCUCAGGCAGCUGUGCGAUGGUUCUUGCAGAGGCCGGGGGACGAGGGGCCUGACCAGCAGGUGAAGACAGAUGAGCGGGUCCUGCAAACAGAGCAUGGGCUGCUGUUCCGCAGGCUUAGCCGCCUCGAUGCCGGCAUCUACACCUGCACUACGCUGGAGCAUGGCUUCUCUCAGACAGUGGUCCGCCUGGCGCUAGAAGUGAUUGCAGCCACACAGCUCAGCAGCCUGUGCCCUCGGGGGCUGAGGCCAGAGGAGCGCCCUGCCCAGGGAGGCCUGGCCUCCACCCCACCCAAGGCCUGGUACAAGGACAUCCUGCAGCUCAUUGGCUUCGCCAACCUGCCCCGGGUGGAUGAGUACUGUGAGCGCAUGUGGUGCUCCUCCAGGAGCCGUGGCAAACAGGCCAAGGGCAAGAGCUGGGCGGGGCUGGAGCUGGGCAAGAAGGUGAAGAGCCGGAUGCAGGCCGAGCGCAACAGGACGCCCCGGGAGGUGGAAGCCACAUAGAAGAGGGCGAAGGCGGGUGUGGUUGGGAUUGCCAGGGUGGCCAGCAUCAGCCCCUGGUGUCUCCCACCCACCCAGCUAGGGCAUAGGGAGCCAGCAGGCCUGAUCGCCUCUCAGAGAUGGGAAUCUCUGGCCCCCAAACCCCUUCAAGGUCCCCACAGGAAAGGCUGGGGACCUGAUGGAGGGACUCGAUCUAUCCUCUGCCCCUUUCUGCUCUCAGCUCCAAUUGGAGCCAGCACCCUCUGGCUGCUGGCAACCCCAAUGGGCCUGCUAUUUGUUCUCAGAGGUGGCCCCCAGAGCACAUUUCCGGUUGUGCCCAGAGGCAAGAGGGCUGGGUGGUUCUUUCCCAGCUGCAGAACAAUGGCCAUUCUGACUGACGCUUAGUGUGGGUGUGUGGGUGCAACUGUGGAGGUGCCUGGGCAGCCAGAGGAGGAUGGGCAUUGCCUCUAAAUUAGUACCUGUUCAGAAGACCUAUACUGACUGAGUAGGGGAGGGAAAGUAGAGGUGCUGAGAAGGUGGGACAGCAAGACCCGCCCCUCCCACUUUGUGCUCUGAUAUCUUGAUGGUCCCCUUCCACUGCCCACUGUCUCUUUUCCAUCUCAUAGUCACAGGAGCAUAGACUGCCAGAGCUCCCUGCAAUGUGGGGGGACUGGGCCUCAGGCCCUUGUUCAUAACCCGAGAGGGCUUCAUAGCUGGACUUCCCUUCCCCAGGCCCCUAAACUGUCAAGCCAGGUUUCUGGGAUGCCCACCCCUCCUGAUGAGAUUCAUCCUCCCUACCAUCAGGGUCUCUCUGCUGGUGAGCAGGGUGAGGGUGGAUCCUAGGAGAAUGUCAUCCCCACCUCUGUUCACUAGAGACGGGGAGAGGGGAGCAGUGGACCAUCUUUUUCAGAGCAAUGCAAGCACGCCCACAGCCUGGGAGGGUGGGAAUGUGACAGCUCUGAGAGCGAGCUGCAGCUGGCGGGCAGGACCAGGGGCGGGGCUGCGCCUGGGGGCAGAGGAUUGAGAGGCUUUUGAGAUGGGGAGAGGUUAGGAGACCCUAGGAUUGCUAUGGGGCCUGGAGCAGGCAUGCUCAAGGACUCAAGAUGGCAUCAAUUAGUUCAGGAGGCACGGGGAAGGCCAGAUGUUUCCCACCCUGGAUCCUUUGGUUUCUGCUAAAUAAGGGUUAGUUAGUCAUGGAUGAUUCAUUCAUGAAGCUCUUGUUUCUUUUAGGGGAAAAAUAUAGGGGGGGGGAAAGCUGCUAAGAACUCUAGGUCCUGCUGGUUCUUGGGGCUGAGGCUUAGGUGGUCAGCACGCAUUCUGUCUGGGUGUGUAGGGAGGUGUCUUGCCAUCAGCAGUAAUGUCUUCCUCGGGCUGGGGAGCACAGCAGGGGUGGGAGGAGGAGGACUACACGAAAAGUUGUUCCCAGUUUGUAUAUGAACAAGUUAGUGACGCACAGAACUGGCAGGAUGGAGACAAGAACAUCAGGUUUGAGAUUCCCUCCAUUCAAAAGCCAAGGUGAAGAAAGGAGGCAAAAAUAGACAAAAAGCAAAACAGGACUUCCUGCCCCAUUGAACUCAAACCCGGACUGUCUGCCUUGGAGUCUAUCUGUGCUGCCCUCCACAACUCCCAGCUGGGAGGUAGGCCCUCCUUUCCCACUUUGACUGCGCAGUUAGUGAACCAGAAGCACUGAGAUGAACCUCACAACACUUGGGGAGCCUUGGCCUGGGGUUGCUAUGGCUGGGCUGUCGGCAGGUAAAAGACAAGGGGAGGAAGACUGUGGGAGAGGGGGGCUAGAGAAGAAAGGGGAGGGGAAUAUAGAGGUCAUGGAAGAGGGUGAGAACAGAGUGCAGAGCCCCAGGAAAUGGGUCAGAGCUACCUGCCAGCUCUGCCCCUCUGUCCCAGGGAAACCUGUAGGGUGGGCCCAGGCAUGGCUGGCUCCAGUCAGGCUCCUCUGGGGAAGCUACUCUGGAAAAUGGAAGGAAGAGGAGCUCAAAAUCCUGAGCGACCAACACCCGCACUUGAAAAAUGAUGGACAGCUUCUACCAAGUCCUCACCCUCCCCACCCCCAAGGUACUGUGUGUUAUUAACUCCUGGAAAUGCCUCUAUGUGUGAAUUCUAUUUUUGUAUUCCUAUGCUAAGAUGGGCCUUGUGGUUUCUCUGUCUUCAGAGCACACUUCCUCUAAUUACUCUUGUUAUUCUUAUUGUCACGACCGCCCCUGAGCUCUAGUGAGGAUGAUGGUACAGAACAUACAAGGAAAGAAGGAAGUUAAUAUUCACAUCCCAUAAUUAUAUCAUUAUUGGAUCGGUGUAGUUCUGUACUGACUUGACUGAUACCAUCCGUGUGAACUGGAAACGAGGAGGCUUCCCAAUCCAUUCCAUGAGGGAGAAGACCACCCUAGGUGGUAUUUUCCAGAAGGGAGGACGGGCAUCAAAGGAAGGAAGGAAGGAGUCAGAGGGCGUUGUCUAUGAAGCUGAGAUUGCUCAUUAAAUUAGGAAAAUACUGCC